AUGGACAAACUGAGUCAGACAAAUUAUGACCUCAGGGACCAUCUGAGCACAACAAGAGAAGAGCUAGAGCAGAGAGAGAGGUACAUUGACACCCUCAACCAGUAGCUAGUCAUUAUGUCCUCUGCAUCUAGAGAACAUGUCCACCAGCUUGGUACCACACAGGCAGAACCUGAGACCAGCAUAACCAGCAUGGCCUCCACCACACAGCCUGAUGACACUGCACCAGCCUCCCAGUCUGCUCUAGCCCAGGUCAACCUACCAGCCUCCCAGUCUGCUCUAGCCCAGGUCAACCUACCAGCCUCCCAGUCUGCUCCACCCAGACAACCACCCACAACUGCAAUCCUUAUCGAUUCAAAUGGGAAGUUCUUGGUCCAGGAAAGAUUAUUCCCUAGACACCAGGUGUAUAAAUUCUGGUGUCCUGCAACUGAGAGUGCAAUGCAGCUACUCAAUCAGACCAGGAUUGACACCCCUGACAACAUCAUCAUCCACACUGGCACAAACGACCUUCAUGCCAAAGGUGAAAAUGUAUCUGGGGCAGUGAGAAGAGCGGCAGAGCGGGCACAGGCUAUGUUCCCAACAACCAAUAUAGUUGUGUCCACCCUCCUACCAAGAAAAUACUUCCCAGGACAGUUGAUCGACAAAAUAAAUCAACAGAUGACUGUGGACUGUGCCUCACUGCUCAACGUCAGAAUGGCUCACCAUCCCACUCUAACAUCUGAACACUUAUACGACAAUGUACACCUUGAUCAGGUCAGUGUCAGAAGCUUUGCUAAGGACCUAAAGGAUGCAACACUUGGCAGGGACCCACACACCCAUCACCCCAGCAGCAGCGGCCCCCUGCUCCACUUUCUGAAACAC